AUGGAUGCGGCGAGGAAGGUCACAUUGGGAGAAACUGCCAGAAGAUCAAAGGAACGCCCCAAGUUGGGUACCAGGGAAAGAUUGCGUGCUACAAUUGCGGUUCAUGCUUUAAUAGAUCCGGGUGCUACGCAUUCAUUUGUUUCGCAUGCAUUAGUAGAAAGUUUAAAGUUAGAACCUAAAGAGUUGGGUUAUCAAAUGGUAAUAGCUACUCCUAUGGGUUCAACCCUCGGAACUGCAAUAGGUUGUCUGGGAUGUAUUUUCAAUAUGGGUGGGGAAAGUCUCAAGAUAGACUUAGUGGUAUUGGAUAUUCAAGAUUUCGACAUAAUCAUAGGAAUCGAUUUCCUAUCGUUGCAUGAAGCUAAGGUAGAUUGCAAGAAUAAGACAGUGAAAUUACUCAAACCUAGUGGAGAAUGGGUUACGUUUCAAGGCCAGAAAAAUAAGAGUAAGAGAAAGCAAGGCAUGACUUUCCAAGCAUUGCAAUCGGCCAAAGCCGAACCAAGUAAGAGAAGUCUUAAGUUGGAAUCAGUGAGGGUCAUGAAUGAGUAUCCUGAGGUUUUUCCUGAAAAUUUACCAGGAUUACCUCUUCAUAGAGAGAUUGAAUUCUCGAUAGACCUCGUACCAGGUACGCAGCCUAUAUUCAUACCUCCGUACAAGAUGACCCUAGCUGAGAUGAGAGAACUGAAGGAGCAAUUGCAGGACUUGACUGGCAAAUGA